AUGGCUUCCUGGACCGAAUCCUCUGACCUUCGCCCUCCUUCCGCUUUGGCGCCUCCUUUGCCUUCCGGCCCUCCCAUGCGCGAAUGUGCGAACGCGGCCGGACACUUUUCAUUGUGCUCGCUCGUUCUGUGUUCUCUGUCGGCCUUCGCGCGCACCACCGGGCUCUUUCGGUUUCGGUCGAACCGCCUAUUCUCUAUUCUCUAUCCGUCGGACACCCGUGCGCCUCCGACCAAACGGUUCUGCCGACUCUUGCGCACUUCCUGCUCUUCUCGCCCGCGGCUAUUGCCACCGACCGUCCCGCUCACUCUCUUGCGCUUCCUCACCUUCGCGCCUGCAAUCGGUUGGUCGUCCGUAGAAGCUCACACGGAGGGCCAGACUGGAUUGCAAGCGGAUACGGCAUUAUUGCCGCUCUCACAGGCCCCUCCGACGCCCAUAAUUCCGACCGCCACAGCAGCUGCGGUGGUCCACGACGACAGCGAGCAGAGGCUCUUUAAACCUUACAGCUCCGUCCUCACGACGUACAGCCUCGGCAACCACGACCAAGACUCGGACCCGCUGACCACGGCGCUUAGGCGGAGGAAGAACGCUCGAGAUGUCGAGCUCGACGACCGCGUCUGUCUUUACGAAGCUGGCGGCGGGCUGUGCCGUGAUCCCGCGUGCACGGCCGUACAUCUCGAUCCGACUCGACUGGCCGGCGGUAUCAAGACGUAG